AUGUUCUCUUUUGUCGGGACAGGGGCCUUAUUCCUUGAACCCUUCCUCGCGAUCCUCAUGAGCUAUUGCCUCAUCUCACUCCGGGAAGCUGCUGCUGCGCGCCCCGUAGACACCCUCUCGCUCUCCUGGCAGGCACCCUCUCCCACAAAGGACGCGUCCGAAUCGGGCUCGGUCAGCCUGCUACAAUUCAUGCGCGCGGACGUCAACGAGUGGAUGCAGGCCGAGUCCGUGCCAUCCUCCCUCUCUGACAGAUUGCCGUCGCAGGGCGACAGCUGCGUGGUGUCACGAUGGGACGAGGAGUGCAUUGUGGCUCUGCAGACUGUCCAAGAGCGCAUCAAAAGCUCGAACUAUCAGUGCGACGUCACGAUGUAG